UCGGGCCCACAGCUCACCAAGACAAGUGGCCAUUGGAUGUGGCGACGACUCUCCUACCCAAGCAAUUAAGGACACGAAACCACGUCUGUAUACGUCUCUAUAUAAAAGCCGGGGUGCUGGGGUUGAGCCUCUUCAUUCAGCUGAGUGUGCUCGAUCAUCAAGCAAUCAACAAAGCCUCCCAAUUAUCCUUUCAUCAGAUCAUCUUCCUUCUUCCAAGAUGUCUUGCAGCUGCGGAUCAAGCUGCAACUGCGGCUCCAACUGCAAGUGCGGCAAGAUGUACCCUGACCUUGAGGAGAAGAGCAGCGGCGGCGCUCAGGCCACCAUCGUCCUCGGCGUGGCCCCGGAGAAGAAGGCCGGCCAGUUCGAGGCGGCGGCAGAGUCCGGCGAGACCGCCCACGCCUGCAAGUGCGGUAACAGCUGCAGCUGCGACCCCUGCAACUGCUGAUUUCGAUGGGGAACGUCAGAACACACCUGCAUGCAUGCAUGCUAGCUACUACCUACUACUCUGCUUGUGUGUGACUUGAUGAUUGAACAAGAAUAAGGAUGAGCCUGAGCCAUCAUGUCUCAUGUAUCGGUUUGGCUCCGGCCUCAUCAAGCAUGCAUGCGUCGUCUGCCCCUCUGUGUGCUUUGCGUCCGUCCUGUGUCUGUAUGUGUUGAUCAUUGCAAAGAAACCAUGCAGGCAUACAUCUUUGCAUGUGUCUCUGUAAUGAUCGGUCCAGAGUGAUGAAUAUAUAAAACUGGUUUGCUUUAUCUGCCUAA